AUGGCUCAUUUUGAUCUAGAUCCCUUAGUAGUCAGACCUGUGCUGUACAGCAACUGUAGCAUCGUUCCAUUCAGAAAAAACUCCGUGCAGUGCUGGGGGGGGAGGGGGCUGGGCAAGGGGGGCGCCAAGCGGCACCGCAAGGUGCUGCGCGACAACAUCCAGGGCAUCACGAAGCCGGCCAUCCGGCGCCUGGCCCGCCGCGGCGGCGUGAAGCGCAUCUCGGGGCUGAUCUACGAGGAGACGCGCGGCGUGCUGAAGGUGUUUCUGGAGAACGUGAUCCGCGACGCCGUGACCUACACGGAGCACGCCAAGAGGAAGACGGUGACGGCCAUGGACGUGGUGUACGCCCUCAAGCGCCAGGGACGCACCCUCUACGGCUUCGGCGGCUAAACUCGAUUCCUGGGACAGGUUGCACGCAUCUAAAACACAAAGGCUCUUUUCAGAGCCACCCACAAACAUCAC